CCAACGUUAGUCUGUUAACACGACUCAGUGCUCAAAGACGUGAUCGCGAAGAAAAACGAAAAAUAGUUAAAAUAUGUUGUUGGCGUAUUUAAAUUAAAAAAAAAAUAAAAACAACAAAAAAGAGUCCACUAAUGUUAAGUAAAAGUUUAUAACGAAAAAGUGUCUAUUGAAAAUUAUACAAAAAUAAAAAAUAAUCAUUAAAUGUUUUUUUACGAAAAUAAUAAAAAACAAACGUAUUUUAACAAGUAACCGACGAAUUAUUUAAUCGUAAUUGAAAUACGCGACUUUUUGAUUACUGUGAUUUCUCUUUUGAAGACGAUCAUAAAACAAAAAUUUAAUUCAAAUAGAAAUUAUUUAAAACAAUCACAUCAUGACAGUCAAUAUGAAAUCUCAACUAUUGCACAUGGAAAAUCCGGCCAGAGCUAUUUUACAGUUUCUUUUGGAUUUGAUAAUAUUUUCAAUGAAAUCAAUAUUUUAUAUAUUGGAAUCAUUAUAUUAUACAGUACUACCAGACCGUUUUCGUAAACUAAAGGAUGUUUCUGGUCAGGUCGUCUUAAUUACUGGAGGUGGCGGAGGUGUAGGACGUCUAAUAGCCCUGAAUUUUGCCAAAUUAAAUGCUCGCAUUGUAAUAUGGGAUAUAAAUCAAGAAGCGUUAAAAACAACCAUAAAUCUGUUGGCCCAGAAUGGUCAUCACAACUGCAAGGGAUAUGUUGUUGACAUUUCAAAUCGGGAGGAAGUGUAUGAAAGGGCUGCGCAAACAGUUAACGAAGUGGGUCAUGUCGACAUACUAGUCAAUAAUGCUGGUAUUGUGUGUUGUAAACCAUUUUGGGAUCUUCCCGAUCGCGUCAUUCAAAGUACAUACAACAUAAAUAUUAUAUCGCACUAUUGGACUGUUAAAGCGUUCUUGCCACACAUGAUGCAGCAUAAUCGUGGUCAUAUUGUAACCGUUGGCUCUGUGACUGGAAUGUUAGGCACAUAUGGUUGCUCAGAUUACAGCGCUACAAAAUAUGCCUGCAUUGGUUUUCACGAGAGUCUUUUGACCGAUCUCAAGACUCACGGUUACGAUAAUAUCCAUAUGACUUUGAUAUGUCCAUAUUACAUAAAUACAGGAAUGUUUUCGGGUGUGCAACCUCGCAUGUUUCCCAUGUUGGAACCUCAAUAUGUGGCUGAUCAAAUAACAUCAGCUGUCCGUAAGAACGAAACAUGGUGUGUACUGCCAAAUUCAAUACGUACAUUUACACCUCUAAAAUGUUUAUUACCAGCUAAAAUGUGUUGGGAACUGAUGUCUCGAGUUAUUCGUGGACCCGAGUCAAUGAUGAUGUUUCAAGGACGUGGUCGUGUAGCUGCUGGCUAAAUGAAAAUAAAUUAAACUUACUUAUAGUUUUUUUAAUUUCCAGCUACAUAUUAUUUUAAUUUAAGUUUUAUGAUUAUUUAAUAAAUUAUUUUGAUUCCAAA